AGAAUCUGAUUGGAUUAAACUUUACCGGCAUGGAUUGAAGACCCAUUUCGCGAAAAAUUGAAGUGAAAGCGAAAAUUAAAAUGUCGUUGUUUUCAACACCAAACCGUUCAACACCAAAACGAGGAGUUGGUCGUUCAAAGGAAGAUGUUGACCGAUUUGUUGACCGAAUUCAAGAAUCUGAGAGAGCAGCAAGAGGAUAUCAGAUUGGACUAUUGUAUUAUGAAGUCAAGGAAUAUGAUAAAGCGAAAAGAUAUGUGGAGGAACACAUGGCCAUUAGACCUCGAAUUCCCCAGACUCACAAGCUGUUGGGACAAAUUGAGGAGGCAUGUCAUCAUCCAGUAGAAGCCAUUGAGGCCUAUAAAAGAUCAUUGGAGUUGGAUAGCAAGCAAAAAAACUUAAUUUUGAAAAUUUGUGAGCUGUACAAUCAGAUGAAGGAUGCUGAUCCUCAAGUCUUAAAUUACUGGUUUAGAAGAGGAGAAAAGUUCUAUCCCGGCCACCCAGAGAUCUUCAAACUAAAGGAAAGAGUUAUUUCCAGAGGAGGAGGUGAUGCAAAGGAUAUGGAAAAUUUCUACCUGAUGGAAAUUAACAAGAACCAGGACGAUGUUACACUGCACAGCAAGCUGCUGGAGGUGUACCUGCAGUCAGAGAAGACCCUGAGGGAGGCGUACAGGUACUGCACCGACCCAGCCAAGUUCACUAAGUUCCUGGGGCAGCAGGCGUGGCUGGAGAGGGUCCUCCAAGUGUUUGAGGCAUAUGAAAAGAAAGAACAAAUGUCAUUAGACCCACGAUUCCAAACCCAAAAACUGAUGGUUCUGAUUGGUCUACUUUACUGUCACCUUACAGGGAACGACCUUAUGACCUGUGUUUCACUUCUUCAUCAACUGGAUCAGAACCUGUUCAGUGCCAGCCAUUUGUCUUCUACAAAACCGGAGUGGCAGGCCUUCUGUAGAGAGGCUCAGGGACAGCUCUACUUUCUGUUUGGUUUGAUGUUGUACAAGCGAGCAGAAAAGAGACAGAUUUCCUGGCGGGAUGCCAGCUCCUUUGCUGCUGUGUGUUUCAUGGUCAGUUCCAACAUUCCCCUAUUAGAAACCAGAAAAUCCUGGUACAAAACUAUGAGUGAGGACCAGAGAAAGAUGAUUGACCGACUCAAAAAUCUCAGCUGUUACAGACUUAGUCAAGGGGGAUAUUUACUGAUCCCCCUGACAGAGAGAGGGAACGUCUCCAGGAUGAGGGAGUACCGUCAGCUACAGACCGGUAAGGCAGUGGACCGACUGUAUGAACUAAUGUUCACCCUGAGGGAGAUGAGGAACAAAGCCACCUCCUCCUUCCUGGUCAUGAAGGAUCUAUUUAUAGCCACGGCAAUGGUGGCCCCCUCAAAGAAGUCUCUGGAGGCAUAUGAUGCAGGAGUGUUCAGUCUCCAUGAAGGCAAUUUGAAAGAACUGGUGUGGAUUGCAUUGAACAGAUACACUCCACAGGAAGUGACCCAGAAAUCCUACCCUCUGUGUAUUCCUGACAAAAUUCCGUUCUCCUCCCUGGACUUGAGUUCUGUCGCCCCGGAGUCCUUGAGUCAACUUGAUAUCAUGGCUUUCUUUUUUGCCACUGUAAAAUGUGCAGCAUCAGCCCAUGAGGAGCGCUGCAAGAUGACCCGGUUUGACCAGUACCAGCCCCGUCUCCUCCCAGCAUGCUUCAGUCCACUUCUUUGUACGGAGCCUCAGAGUGAAUGGUGGGACGCAAUGUAUAAAUUCUGUCACAACAUUUCACGAGACCAGAUUCCUAAGCUACGACUGGUCAUACAGAAAGGUCUGGAGACCAUCAGGCUGGGGGGCGUCCAUGGGGUUUCAGUGGCUCUCAUCAUACACCUGGCCAAGACCUUUGAUGAAAGGGUCAAGGAGUUGAAAGCGGUGGAGCUUGAGGAUGGAGACCGACUUCAUGCUUUGGAGAGGCGCGCUGCUCACUAUUGGGAGGAAGCCAUGAUGCUGUUAUCCCGAUUGGAACGGAAGAUGAACAUAGCCUUGCCCAAAGACAGGUUAUUUAUUGAUGACCGCCCCAUGAGUUUGGAUGACAAUCAGAUCAAGUACUUGAUUGAGCAGUCCAAGUUCUCCUUGGCAACCGUUGCAAAGCGAGAGGGGCGCUUGGAAGAGGCUAGGGAACAGUUUCUGAGGUUAAAACUUCCUUGGGCAUCAUACAAUCUGUCUCAGAUAUAUAGGAAAAUGGCUGAUGAGACCACAACCUCUGAUGAUGAAUCAACCAAUCAGAAACUAGCUCUUGUAGAGCAGUCUUUAGAUGCCCUCUAUCAGACAAUGGACAAAAUCCAAGGAGAGAAAAAUCAUGAGCUUCAUCGAAUUAUCCCUAAUGAUAUUGAUGAGUGUGUUUGCGAGAUAGAAAACCUUCGUCGGGCAUCACUUGGAAUUUCUGUGGUGGACAGUGUGUCGCGGUAUGAAGAUGCCAAGGAUGAUGUGUCGGGGUAUGAUGAUGAGGACACGCCCAGUUACAGCACCCCCCGGGCCAGCGAGGAUGUUGGCGAGAACUCUGUCCACGAGGAGUCCUCUCUGUCUGUUCUCCCCUCCAGUAGCAGCACGCCGGCCGUCAAAAUGAGAUCCCCAGCAAGCGUCCAUUUCAGUUUCAGUGAGCAGAGAGGUAAGAGCAGGGCGAGCCCCGAGAGAUUAGAGGCGCGACUCUGGGCCUUGGAGUCCAAGCAGCAGACCACGCUCGAGUUGAUGAGUGAACUCAAGGAACAGCUGAAAGAGCUCAGGCAGGAACAGAGCCAUUUCAGAGAGCUGGAGAAGAGGAUGAUGGACCAUAUCCUGAUAUGCAGUACCCAGCCACACCACCCACAACCUUACAUACCCCCCAUUAUACCUCCACCCCCUCCCCCGAUUCCUUACUCCUCCCAGAUCCCUCCCCUACCCUCCCAGUACUCCUACCCUGCUGCCUCCUGGGUACCCUCCAGUUACAGCUACUCCCAGCCAGUCUCUCCUAUACCUGGAGGUGGGCCCAUGUCCAAUCGGCGUCAGUUUGGGAGGGCCGGUCAGCUACGGCCAGAGUUUGAGGAGGACCUUCACCAGUUUGGGGAAGACCUGUAUAUAGAUGACGGGUCACAGCCUCUGCCUCCAAUGUGUGCCAACCCUCAACAGCAGCUAGUCCAAGAAUGGCCAUUUGCCAACAAGGCUGGAGUUGAAGGAAAGUCAACCAUUACAUACACCCCGCAGCCAACAGCAGCCAAUAGAAUGCCGCAGUCCGGCUACCUAGCGAACACAUUGAGCGGACAGUCCAUCCAGUACUUCACCACUGCCCAGGAACAAAAACCAAUGCCUGGCCCUGGAUUUUUCUCCUCUCCAAAGCCAGAGGCCCCACCCUCAGCAUCAGUAAUUGCCCAGGCUCUUGCAAAAUCUGUCUCCCCCUCUGUGACCCCAGCAUUCUCCUCCCUGGCUGGCCAACCCACUCCAAGUAUCUCAGCUGGCUUGCCAUCAGCUGGUGGAACAGCUGGGUCACCCUUGCCCUUGUUUGGCAGUCUGAUGGCAGCCUCCAAAUCUCCAGACAAGGUCCUCUCUGGUGAGACAGCCGCACAGGGAGAUCUCUACAACCCGGGGAAGUUCUCCUUCUCCUCGUCUGCAGUGUCCAGCUCAGCCAGCACUGGCUCUGUGUUGUUUAUGGGUGGAAACGCUGUGAGUCCCAGCGGUGUUCAGGCAACUCAGAGCAGUUCUGUUCCAAACGCUUUCACUGGAUUUGGAGCCAAGCCUCCGGUGCCUGGCUCCUCUCUGUCAGUGACCACAGCCGUUAAUCAGAUGGGAGGGGGAUCUAUCUUCUCCUUCAGCAAGCCAGUGUUUGGGGCCACCACAACAACAGCAUCAUCAGAAACUGCCAGUGGUGCAUCUCCAUUUUCUAGUUUUACAGGAUUUGGAUCAUCUAGUGUACCCGCAUUUGGUGGACUUGCUACCAAAUCUGACAAAACUACUUCAGUGAUAGGCCAAACAACUCCCACUCCUAGUCCUGUGAAACCAACAGACACUUCAUCCCAUUCCACUCCUUCCCAGUCACCACGGAAACGCAACGACAGCACAACCAUGGAGGAGUAUGAACCGAAUGUGGACUUCAAACCAGUAAUUGACCUUCCUGAUCUGGUGGAGGUCAAAAGUGGAGAGGAGGACGAGGAGGUGCUCUUCUGUCAGCGGGCCAAACUCUUCCGCUUUGAUGCCGACACCAAGCAGUGGAAAGAAAGAGGUAUUGGGGAGAUGAAAAUCCUGAAGCAUCGUACGCAAAACAGGUCCAGAAUCAUGAUGAGGCGGGACCAGGUGCUGAAGCUGUGUGCCAAUCAUCAGAUCUCCAAGGACAUGAAGCUGACCACAAUGGCCAACUCUGACAAGACCUGGUGCUGGGUGGCCAAUGAUUAUUCCGAGGAAGAGCUUAAAGCUCAGAAGCUUGCUGUCAGGUUCAAGACAACAGUGUUAGCUGAAAAUUUCAAGGAGGUGUUUGAGAAGUGUCAGAGUGAGUCUGAGGAGGAAACUGAGAAGACAGGGACGACUAAACCUCAAGCCCAAAAGCAAGUCGGUUCUACUGAAGAAAAACCAGGAGAUGGAAAGCAGAUGUCCCUGAAGGAAAUGUUCAAACCAAAGGAAGGCACUUGGGUUUGUCAGACUUGUGCAAUUCCAAACACUCCUGAUGCAGUGAUAUGUGUGGCAUGCAGCACUGGGAAGCCAGGUGUGGAUCCCAAGGUAGUUAAGGAGGCGGUCAAGAAGAACACUCCAAAAACCCAGAAACCCAGCCUGGCCGAAAUGUUCAAACCCAAGGCAGGCUCAUGGUCCUGUGAUGGCUGUCUCAUCCAGAAUGAUGGCGACAAGCUGCGAUGUGUGGCAUGUAACACACUGAAACCUGGAGUCAAGCCCAAGGAUGUGAAGGAGGAAAAGAAGACAUCCACAGGGGGAGUUCAGUUUGGAUCUCAGUCCACAGGCAAAUCAGGAUUUACUUUUGGAGGAGUUGCAGCCAGCAAUGUACCAGCUACUGGUGGUUUUGUGUUUGGAACCACAACAACAGCCAGCUCUACAGCUUCCUCUGGAGGCUUUGUUUUUGGAUCCCCAUCUACAACAAAAACAAGCACAACAAAUGCUGCAGGAGCUGGAUUUGUUUUUGGAACUCAAACAGCAACGCCAAGUAGCACAUCAUCCACUGGCUUCACAUUUGGUACAUCACCUGUAAAAACUGCAUCAGCAGACACCACCUCAACACAAGUGGAGGCACCUCCUGGAUCCACCUCUGCCUCCAAAGUCACUCCUGCAAAGCCUGAGGUGACAUCAGCCACAUCCACUCAAGCUGUCUCCUCUAGUGUUGGCUUUCCAUUUGGUACAUCUGCUUCCAAGGCAACCGGCUCUUCAGAGUCUAGUGGAUUUAACUUUGUUGGAAUUAAGACAGGCUUUUCAUUUGGAGGUCCAUCAUCUACAGAGGACAAAAAAGAAACACAAACUUCUAAUGUAACUAGUUCUACUGAAGCUGGUGGUUUUAAUUUUGCUGGAAUGAAAAGUUCUGGGUUCUCAUUUGGAACUCCAUCAAUUAAAGAUGGAAAUUCAGAGACACUAGCAACCGAUAGUGAUAAAACAGAAAACAAAGGAGACAACUCUAAAUCAACAGCAUUUGGAACUGGUUCAAGUUUUUCCUUUGGACAGAAAUCAUUUACUUUUGGAUCCAAAUCUCCCGAACAGAAACCUGAUUCCAGCAGUACUAGCACCGUUACCCCAAAACCUGUUGCAACAUCAGAAUCCCAAGGCAAGCAAGAGGAUCCCAAAUCUGCAGGUUUCCAGUUCAGCAAAGAACCCACUGUGUUUGGAGCUAGCAGCAGUGGAAAGUCAGGAUUCCAGUUUGAACUGGAUUCAUCUGCUGCAACAGCAGAAAAGAAAGACAAAAGUCCAUUUAAGUUCACUUUCUCUCCAUCAAAGCCAACAUCAACAGUUCCAAAAUCUCCUGAAAUUGACAAGGAUGGUAUGUACAUCAACAAGGAAGGAGAGGAUGAUCAUAUAUUCUUUGAACCGGUGAUUCAGCUCCCAGAAAAAGUGGAUGUGGUCACUGGUGAAGAAGAUGAGAAUGUUCUGUUCGAGCAUCGAGCGAAACUUUUCCGCUUUCACAACAAGGAAUGGAAGGAAAGAGGUCUUGGUGAUAUCAAGAUUUUAGAAAACAAAGCUUCAAAGAAAAUCCGGGUGCUGAUGAGACGAGAACAAAUACUGAAGAUCUGUUGCAAUCAUUACAUCACAGACAAACUUGACUUGAAGCCAAUGCCAAACUCUAAUGGAAAAGCCUGGACUUGGUAUGCCAUGGACCACUCUGAUGAUGAGCCAAAGUGUGAGCAGUUCUCUGUCCGUUUCAAAACCCCAGAAAUUGCAAAUAAAUUCAAAGAAGCCUUUGACAAUGCUAAAAAGAAGCUGUCUGGAUUGAUGUCCACCGAGAGAACACCCAGUUCUCCAACAGCCUCGGCCACUUCCUCCAGACCACCAGCAAUCCUACAGACUUUGUUGAGUGAGGAUGACGAUGUAAUUUAUAUCAAAAAAGAGAUGGCCACCCCAGCUCAGGUUGAAAUGGCUCGGAAAUUCAAGUUACCUGACCACUUUUACCUGUUUGAAAAUGCCCCUCCUUGUCCUGGGUGUAUAGGAUGUGAGGAUUACAAGGAAGGCACCAAGAUCACCCAGAAAACCAAGUCUCCUUCACCAAAGAAAGCUCAAGAUCAAAAUGUGGUUUCCAAGACAUCAGACACUGACUCUUCAUCCUCUGGAGGACUUUUUGGUGCCUCAGCUGCUCACCCUGGUGGAUUAUUCAGUUCCCUUGCAGCCGGGGGAGGGGAUUCCAAGGAGACCACAGGGUUGUUUGGUCAGCCACUGUUUGGGGGUGGGGGAGGCUCCUCCUUCUCAUUCUCUGGGCUAGCAGCCAAUGUAGACACUCAGCCUCCUGCUUUCAAGAAAGAUGACAGUAAGCCAUUCAGCUGGUCCGGGGCCGGUCAGAAGCUGUUCAAUCAGGAGGAGGGAGAGGAGGAUGGGGAGGAGGUGACCCAGGGAGACGACCCUCACUUUGAGCCAGUGGUUCCCCUCCCCGACCUAGUGGAGGUCAAAACAGGGGAAGAAGAUUUUGAGAAGCUGUUUUCCCAUCGGGCAAAACUGUUCCGUUAUGACAAGGACACAAAUCAGUGGAAAGAAAAGGGAAUUGGAGAAAUGAAAAUUUUAAGACACAACGGCACUGGACAAUACAGACUGCUUCUGCGAAGAGAGCAGGUCUAUAAGCUUGCUUGUAAUCAGUGGUUAACCCCUGAUCUAAAAUUCCAACCAAUGUCGACCUCAGAGACAGCUUGGUGUUGGGUGGGUCAGGAUUUCAGUGAUAAUGAAGCUAAAUUAGAGCAACUUGCUGUAAAAUUCAAGAGUAUUGAACUAGCAAAAGAAUUCAAGGAUAAAAUCGAUGAAUGUCAGAAAAAUUUGAUUGAGAAUCCACCAACAGUGUCAGCAGAGCCUCAGCAAUCAGGAACCACAUCUCAGGAAAGUCCAGAAGAAGAACAUGGCAGUGAUGAUAAAGAUGAUGAUGAGGAGGAAGACGAUGAUGAUGAGUAUGAUGAUGUGGAGGAAAUCCUGCUGGAGAAGCGAGUGACGUUCCAGAUGAUGGAGGGGAACCAGUGGCAGAACAAGGGGACAGGUGUAUUGAGGGUGAUUUAUGACGAUGACGUUAAUGCCAACAAAGUGACGUUCACCACGGACAAAAAGGAGGACCUCUGUAAUCAUCUCAUUGCCAUGGAGUCCAUUAUCAACCUUGACAAGAGCAAGCAUUUCUGUGAAUGGCACCCAAUUGACUUUGCCACAGAUGAACCAAUCAGGCGGGGCUUUAGAGCAGUGUUCAGCUCAGUUCCUGCUGCGGAGGAAUUCUACAAAAGUUUCCAACAGGGACGCACUUUGGCCCGUGACUCAGAAAUCUCUGAGCGAGACAUGGAACCCCGGGAACUGUUGGUGCCAGAAGUACAUGGGCGAGGAGCUAACGAUGACUGAUGAUAAUACGAUUGUAGUGCCAUUUUUUCUCUGGAGAUCCGAAUCAUUCAUAGAUUUCAUUUCUAAACAUCAGAGAUUAAUUUCAUGUGUAAAAUGUGGCCAAGAUGAACAGUGCUAUGAUUAUAAUUCGUGCGUUUCUCUUCAUACAUGAAACACAAAAGAUUGAUCCAGUGUUUACAUUUAAAUCUAGAGUCAUCUUGUUUGUCUAAAUACAUGUACAUUGUAAGAAUUGUAUUAUAAGUAAAUGUAUCACAAAUUUGCUUGUUUACUGAUACAAUCUUUGAUUCUUUUCUACAUCUCCUGUCUGUAUCUCUUCUUCUCAUUGUGAAUCAUGUUUGUAGAGCUGAACAUUUGUUGAAAUACAUUUAAAAAUGGAAAACAAAUGCCUUCUUUUUCAUUCAGUUGAGUUUUUGGAGUACUGUGGUUUCAUCAAUAUUCAUUGAAUACCAAUUUUUUUCCAUAAUGAUUCUAUUAACACAUUGUACUGUAGGAUCAUUUUCAAGGGAUUUAUGUAUUCUUUAAACUGAUAUUUUCAUAAAAUCCAGAAAAUUGAUGUCCACGAAAUUUGAUGAAACCACAUCAUAUCAAGUAUUUCGUACCCUGUGUAGACCAGUUAUACAUAUUGUAAACCAAAUUUUAUUUGGUACUUUUAAAUAUUUCACAAUUUACCAAAAAAAAAAAAUGGUUCUCUGCGAUUAAUUUUGAAUUACAAUGUAUCUGGAAAUACCAAAGACAUUUAAGGACUGGUUUGCUGCAAAAUAUUCGUAACGAUGAGGCUUUCAAGGAUGCAAAUAAAAGUUGGUUUACCGUA